CCGGAAGUAAACGUCAUUGACACAGGAAUGGGACAGAAAAAAACAUAAUGGGGAGAAUGUCAAAUAUAUUUUUGUAAAAACGCAACGUUUCUACUCAAGAAAAGGAUGAUUCGUUUUGUCCGGGGUGGAAUAGCGGCAUCGAAAAGGGCACUGCCUGUGUAGCACGUAGCUAAAUGGAGUCGGAGCAGCUCUUCAACAGGAAGGGCUACUACAGGAACAGCUACAACAGCAUUGCCAGUGCCAGCAGCGACGAGGAGCUACUGGAUGGCGCCGGAGUCGUCAUGGACUUCCACACCUCUGAGGACGACAACCUUCUGGACGGAGAUGCCACUUCCCCAGGAUCUAACUACGUCAUGUCUAACGGGGGCGGGGUGAUGAGUAGCACCACCCACCUGCUGGACUUCCUGGAGGAGCCCAUCCCGGGGGUCGGCACCUAUGAUGACUUCCACACCAUCGACUGGGUCCGGGAGAAGUGCAAGGACCGGGAACGCCACCGCAAGAUCAAUGCUAAGAAGAAGGAAUCAGCUUGGGAGUUUACCAAGAGCCUGUAUGAUGCCUGGUCUGGGUGGCUGGUGGUGACACUGACAGGGCUGGCUUCAGGUGCUCUGGCUGGUCUAAUCGACAUCGCUGCUGAUUGGCUGAACGACAUCAAGGAGGGGGUGUGUCUGAAUGCCAUGUGGUUCAACCACGAGCAGUGCUGCUGGGGCUCCAACGAGACCACGUUCGCUGAGCGGGACAAGUGUCCUCAGUGGAAGAGCUGGGCGGGGCUCAUCCUGGGCCAGGAAGAGGGCCCUGGUUCCUACAUCAUGAACUACUUCAUGUACAUCUACUGGGCUUUGUCCUUCGCCUUCCUGGCUGUGUUACUGGUCAAGGUGUUCGCCCCUUACGCCUGUGGCUCCGGUAUACCUGAGAUAAAGACCAUUCUGAGUGGGUUCAUCAUCCGGGGUUACCUGGGGAAGUGGACCCUGCUGAUCAAAACUGUGACCCUGGUGCUGGCUGUAGCGUCUGGGCUGAGCCUGGGGAAGGAGGGACCCUUGGUCCACGUGGCCUGCUGCUGCGGAAACAUUUUCUCAUACCUCUUCCCCAAGUACAGCAAGAACGAGGCCAAGAAGCGAGAGGUCCUAUCUGCAGCGUCAGCGGCCGGGGUGUCCGUGGCUUUCGGUGCUCCCAUAGGAGGAGUACUCUUCAGCUUGGAGGAGGUGAGCUACUACUUCCCUCUGAAGACCCUGUGGCGCUCCUUCUUCGCUGCAUUGGUGGCAGCCUUCGUCCUCCGCUCCAUCAACCCGUUUGGCAACAGCCGUCUGGUGCUAUUCUACGUGGAGUACCACACCCCCUGGUACCUGUUUGAGCUUAUCCCCUUCAUCCUGCUAGGGGUGUUUGGAGGCCUCUGGGGGGCCUUCUUCAUCAAGGCCAACAUCGCCUGGUGCCGAAGGAGGAAGUCCACCCGUUUCGGGAAGUACCCCAUCCUGGAGGUGAUCUUCGUGGCGGCCAUUACCGCGGUCGUGGCGUUCCCCAACCCGUACACGCGGCAGAACACCAGCGAGCUGAUUAAAGAAUUGUUUACCGACUGCGGACCCUUGGAGUCGUCCCAGCUGUGCCAGUACAGGAGUCAGAUGAACGGGAGCAAGGCGUUUGUGGACGCGUCUCCCAACAAGCCGGCUGGACCCGGGGUGUACGCAGCCAUUUGGCAGCUGUGCCUGGCGCUCAUCUUCAAGAUCAUCAUGACCAUCUUCACCUUCGGACUUAAGGUUCCUGCUGGCCUGUUCAUCCCCAGUAUGGCCAUCGGGGCGAUUGCCGGGCGUAUCGUUGGCAUCGCCGUGGAGCAGCUGGCGUACUACCACCACGACUGGUUAGUGUUCAGGGAGUGGUGCGAGGUAGGCACAGACUGCAUCACCCCGGGACUCUAUGCCAUGGUGGGGGCCGCCGCAUGUCUGGGUGGUGUAACGCGGAUGACCGUGUCUCUCGUGGUCAUCGUGUUUGAGCUGACGGGCGGCCUGGAGUACAUCGUGCCCCUCAUGGCCGCCGUCAUGACCAGCAAGUGGGUGGGCGACGCCUUCGGGCGCGAGGGCAUCUACGAGUCACACAUCCGCCUGAACGGGUACCCCUUCCUCGACGCCAAGGAGGAGUUCACACACACCACGCUGGCGCGGGAGGUGAUGCGGCCGCGGCGUAGUGAUCCGCCGUUAGCGGUGCUGACGCAGGACGACCUGACAGUGGAGGAACUACAGGGGAUCAUCAACGAGACCAGCUACAAUGGCUUCCCUGUCAUCGUCUCCAAGGAAUCCCAGAGACUGGUUGGCUUCGCUCUGCGCAGGGACAUCACUAUCGCUAUAGAGAACGCACGGCGGAAGCAGGAGGGUAUCCUGUUGACUUCGCGGGUCUACUUCACGCAGCACGCCCCUACGCUGCCCGCCGACAGCCCGCGGCCCCUCAAGCUGCGCUCCAUCCUGGACAUGAGCCCCUUCACCGUGACCGACCACACGCCCAUGGAGAUCGUGGUGGACAUCUUCCGCAAGCUGGGCCUCCGCCAGUGUCUGGUGACACACAACGGGAUUGUAUUGGGCAUCAUCACUAAGAAGAAUAUAUUAGCGCAUCUGGAGGAGCUCAAGGAACACACGGAGCCCCUGGCGUCUCCUUGGUAUUAUCACAAAAAAAGAUAUCCUUCGUCAUAUGGCCCAGAUGGCCAACCAAGACCCCGACAACAUAAUGUUCAACUAGUCACCGCCUUCUCGGGUCGUCAAGCUGACGAGGAGGAAAGCGAGGAGGAGGUGGUAAACCUACUGGACGGCCGCGGCUCCACCCUAUGACAGCCCACCCCAAAUCCACCUCAAUACUAAACCAGAGCCCUCUAGAGGCCACCUGAAGGAAGAGACGAACAGACUCUAAAAGGACUUUAAAAAUGGCUCCUGUGAGGGACGUUUUGGCCCCUAGGUAGCAGCUACUACAGGCUGGGGCAUAAAUACACAAGGAAUGCAAUUUAAACACACACCUCCAUUUACAUACAGAAACAUACAUACAUACAUACAUACAUACAUACAUACAUACAUACAUACAUACAUACAUACAUACAUACAUACAUACAUACAUACAUACAUACAUACAUACAUACAUACAUACAUACAUACAUACAUACAUACAUACAUACAUACAUACAUACAUACAUGAGAUCAGACUCACUCAUACACAGAUGCCACACAAGCAUGCCACUAGCCGAAUUGCACCUCCUUCAAACACACUCUUCAUGCUCCUUUGUCCUUGUCCUGUUUCUAUUGGUUCACGCUGGCGGACAUUGCUGUGAGCCUGAAGCCUGGCUACCGAGGUAAGAGGUCAGAAUGAUCCGCUAGGACGCGAGGAGCGACCUUCAGACACCUCGACUGCUGAUUGGCUGUCAGCCCUGCCAGGCUCCACCCCCACUGUGUCCCUCCCUCCCCACACCCCAUCGGUCCUCGAAAGCAUUGUUUACCUGUGAACUCUCUUUGAGUGAGAGAAUGCAUGUGUGCGUUUCACCUCCACGUUCCAAUCAGGUUGUCAUAGUAACCCGGAACUACAAACUCCCACCCUUCCCCCUAAAGGCAUCCGCCUGAUAUUAGACUGGGCGUUGCUCCAAGGUGUAAGUGUGGGUGAGAGAGAGAGAGAGUGAGUGAGUGUGUGUGAGAGAGGAAGGAAGAUCAAGGGUACAAGCAGGUUGUACUGAAGUAGUUAGUUAAUGUCUGAGUGUUGUAGUUCAAGAACAAAAUGUCUCUUUCUGAUGUAUGUGAAAACAUUCUGUACAGAAGAGUCCGAUACUCAUCGGUUACAUACCCCCUCCCCUGUUGAAGUAAAGGGUGAAAAACUCUGUGUGUGUGUGUGUGUGCGCGCGUGCAAUUACCUUUUGAUCUGAGCCAGGUAGGCAAUAUGCCAUAGAGGUGUGUGUGCACGCGCAUAAGUAUCAGAUGAGAAAAGACUUGUCCGUUUCUCCGACAGUGAAGGUGGGCAGUGUGUAUAUCAAAAUAAAUAGGAACACUAACUCAAGGUGAAGUUCUGUUACUGGAGGAGAAAAAAAAAGAUCAUUUUUUUUCUUUUCAAACUAUUACUAAUGCAACUACUUUUAGAGUAUUGAUAUAUACAUAAUCAAGUAACUUUUUUUAUGGCUUGUAAUGAAACAAAGUCAAGACUGGAAAACCACUUCUUUUUUUUUCAAGUGAACAAAAUAAAUGGAUGAUUAUGAGGAUGUUGACGGUAAUACUGCACAGUAACCAUGUCUUAGAUCUUUUACUUUGCUUUAAUUAAGCUGCCUCAUGGUGUGAGAAAUGUGUCUUGUAUUUUCCACUGGAGCUUAAUCUUUUCUUGCAUCUCUCCUCCUCUGCCUCGUCGUCAAGUACAACAAUUCAACAGGAAAUCUUCUUCGCAUUUGUAGAUUUAAAAUCAUGAAUUGAAAGGACUGAAAUAGGAGGUGCAUUUCACAACACGGUUUUUGGGAGGUGUGCCAGUAACUCCUUUUAAACUUCAAUAAAGUCUCUUGUACAUUUUUGACUUGGGGAUAUGUAGAAGCACACAGUACACAAAAGGAAAUAGUUUUGAACCCUCCAUGUGUCAACCUAGACUCAUGAAAAAAUAAUAUAGGAUCGUAUAUCUGAUUCACCCUUUAAUGUGUGGUUCACCACAGGAAGCAGUGACCUCGAUGCGUGCGCCAGUCAAAGGAGUCCUCUCUCGCUCUCUGGCUUUGUUUCAAUGACAAGGUGCAUAGAGUAGCACCUUAGCUGCUGAGUGAAGGCUAUGGGAUGUGUCCCAAAUGGCACCCUUCCUCUAUAUAGUGCACUUCUUAGGGAAAAGGGUGCCAUUUGAGGCACAUAUUAAAGCGUGUGGAGGCAGGUGGUGACUUCAUGUUUCUCUCUAUUACAUUGAUAGUCUUAGGUCAUAUUCAUUAGGCACCAAACAUAAUAAAACAAACAGGGAGGGACUUGUCCAAUAAGAAACGGAUAUUUUCCGUUGCCAAAUGUUUUUCAAACGUUUUCCAUCGCGUGCCCUAAUGCAGGGUUUCCUGGGUCCUCGGUGCACAUUUAGUUUUUUUUGCCCUAGCACUACACAGCUGUCUCAACCAACUCAUCAAGCGUUGAUCAUUUUGAAUCACCUGUGUAGAGCGAGGGCAAAAACUAAAUGUGCACCCAGGGUGGGCCUCCGGACCGAGUUUGGGAAACACUGCCCUAAUGGAUUCAACCCUGCUGUUGGUUGACGAGCGCAUCGUCCUUGUUAACCCAUGUGGUGUCACAACACUGUUCUUUUCAUAACUUCAUACUGACUUUUAUUUAUGGUAGAUAGUUGUACAUUAAUUGUAUGAUUACAUUGAUGGUUUGAUUGUACAUUUAAAACAAUGUGUAAAAGUUAAUUGUUUUAAAUUAAAAUUAGAAAAUUGCAAAAA